AUGACAGCACGUCGUUUGAUUAACAUAGUUCCUAACACCUCGAAGCUAGACCCUUUAAAGGAGGAGGACUCAACGCAUCUAGAACAAAGUCAUCCUAACAAAUCCUCCAUAAAGGGCUUGGUGCUUUCAGAAAAUAAUGAACGCAAAAGCAACAGCCUUCCGUUAUCGAAAUCCCGAUCGGGUAGUAGUGCAUCCAGUAGCACCGUGAGUUCGAAUGGAAGGAGUAUUGGUACAAGGCGCCCUAGUGCCAACCUAGACUUCAAUGUUGGCAACCAAGAUCCUCUUAAAAUUGUGUCAGGUUAUCAUAAUGCAUACGUGCCUACAGCGAAGUGUAUUAGGCCAAUAUCAGAUGACUCUAUAGGUACAUCGAGCACAGAAAUAUUUUCCUCAUCGCACUCGAAUACGACAUCAGAUUCACUAUGCGCAUCUGAUAUCAGCUCAGAAGAGUGUGAAAUAGGAAACAGUAAAUCGGGGGAUAAUCCCUUCCUUAACAGUGCGAAAGAAGCUGAAAACAGAAGCAAUAUUACACCUUUAAAGAAAAGCCGACCGGGGUCAAUACUACAGAAAACACGCACAGCAGGCAGCGCUGAUAAGACAAUUUGCUCAAUGAGUACUAUAACUACAUGCAUUCCAUCUCGUCAAAGUUCGGUAACAACUCCUAAACUCUCUAGGACAGUAGGACUGCCUGGAUUGAGUAAUACAACCAAUAGUAUAGCCGCAUCACAAACUUCUUUCAUAAGUGAGAAUGACUCUCCUCUUAAACAUCAUUGCAUGAGUACAGCAGCUUUCCACGAACCGAAAGUCAUGCCGAUCACAAAAAAACCGUAUGUGCAUUCCAACAGUACUUCUGCAAUAUUACCAUACAAGACAACCCAACUUACUCCUUCUCAACGUUACCGUUUGAGGAAAGAGCAAAAUGACCAAUCCUUGCGGAAAGCCAUAAAAAAGAAGGAGAAAUUCUACGAGGACCAAGAUGCUAACUUGGAACUUCAAGAGGGUGAUGUUGACGGUUCGUUAAUUUGGAACAUUCCGAUGGCUUCUUUAUCGACCAGUUCUUUUUUAACAUUAUCUAAAUUUAAUAAAAAAGGAAAAAGUUCAGAUUCAACAUGGGGAGAUGAAGAGAUAUUAGCACAGGAAAGCAAUUACGAAGGAAAUCAACACACACGUCCACCGCUCGGUGUAGAUGGAACCUUCAAUCAGGUUCAUGGUAGUAAAAAACACACAUUAUAUUCGAGCAACAGGUUGAAAGAAUCAUGUUUAGACUAUAAGGAGCUCCCACCGACAUGCAUUCCUGGUAUAUCUCCUGUCUCUGACUCACAGUAUAUUCAGGAUACUAUGAAAAAUCUCUCCCAGGUUUACCUGCAUAGCUCUGAAAAAAUCUCUAAAGGUAUUCUUUCUGGUCGUUCCAGAUCCUUACAGUGUUUGCCAUUGGAAUUCAAAGAAGCCAGUAAUCAGGGGAUGGAAGACCUAAUGCUAGUUUCAGAAGAUAAAUUAAAAGCCGUAAGUCACUUCCGUCCAAGUUGGCUGCCGCCCAAAGAUUUUAAAGAGAGAAAAUUGCAAGAUAAACAAAUCUACAAAAAUAUUGACUUGGCAUCGAUGGAAGAGUUGCAAAAAAAUAGAGAACGCGAUGAAAAGGCCAAAAAGAAUGGGCAGAAUAGGCUAAAAUUUCAGCAUUUGCUGGACCGAGGAGUUACUCGUAACUCGUCGUUAAACGAAUUAAAGAAAAUUAUUUGGGAAACACCUUUGACAUCUACAGUACGGCUUCAAAUUUACAGUCAACUUCUACAAAGUGACAGUUGCCUGAUAACGGAAUGUUUUAUAGAAUCAUUUGAAGAAGUAAUGCAGCUACUAAACAAAAUGGAUUUCCCCAAAGAUAAAGAAUUUGAAAUAAGACAGCUUAUUGAACACGAUGUACAGCAGAAAAUAUUCUAUAAAAAUGGAACAGAUAAGCAAGUCGUUUCUGACUUAAUGCUAUUAUUACAACUGAAAUCUAUAUCCCAACAGGGUUUAGUUGCUGGUGAUGAGAUGCUAUUCUAUCAUUUUUUAACUGAUCAAUCUUUUGGAACUCUGAAAGAAACGUGGGAAAUGGUCAACUUAAUACAAAUGUCAUGCUUUAGUGAAAUCUGCAAGGAAAAAUACGAUUCAAGAAUAUUGAAUCCUAGGGGAAUUGUUGCCCACCUUUUGCGAAAAGAUGAGUUCAAAAAUGAGUUCAAUGGCAGCUGCCUGAAUAGCAACACAUGGUGGAACAUAUUGCAAAGAAUGGACCAUAAACUUUUUAUGUGGGUAAUGGAUGUGAUUAUCGUCCAUAAUGGUCAAAACUUUGCAAGCUAUCCCGUAAAACUCGAAACAUUCAAAGACAAAGUAUGGGAAUACUAUAGAUCAAAGAAGGUUGUUGUAAAUUAUAAGAUUCUAGUUUCACUAACGGUUAACGUAUUAAUAAACUACCAUUUUGGGUACGAUAAUCUGAAACAUUUGUCAGAUCUGAAUGACAAGCACUUUUGUAUUCCACUUUACACAGAGGAUAGCAUCGAAGAGGAAAACCUCAAUAAUAUUUUCACAAAGUGGUGGUUACAUUACUACCGAAAAUUACGCUAA